AUGAAUAAUAAACAAUGUUUUAAAUUGGCAUCUCAAUAUCCCAUAGGAGUACCUAAAACUGCAUAUAGGUUAGGAAUUACAAUUUUACUCAAUACAAUUGAACAAUCAUAUACACAAAAUAUUUUAUUAUUGUCGGAAGCGGAGAAAUUGUCAUGGUUAGUUACAAGAUUAAUAAAUCUUCCCGACAUAACAUAUUCAACAUUAAUAGAAAUUGUUAAAAAUUUUUCAAACAACGACAAUUUUAUUAGAAAUUUUAAUAAUGAUAUUUUAAAUUUUGAAAUGAAAACAUUAACAGUAAAUAAGGCAAAUUCAGAGGAAGGAAAGGGACAAGAGAUAAAAUUUGCCAAAAGUCGAAGUAUUAUUGGUUAUUUUUUGAGAGGUAUUGAGGCAUCAGAGUGUUUCUCAACACCAAGUCAAGAUUUUUAUGUUAUUGAGUCAUUUGAACAUUGGAGAAGUCAAAAUGACAUUGAACCAUAUAAACCAUAUAUUAAAAUAUCUGAAUUUUAUUCUGAAAAAAAGGAUAUUAUUUUAAAUUUUUUGUUUUCAUAUAUUAGUCAUUUUACAGAGAAACCUCAUGAAUUUCCAAUUUAUUUUAAUCUUCCUGCUUCUAAAUUGAUAUGUGAUAUUAUUCCUCAUGAUCAUAUUGUAAAUCUUAUCAAUAGACAAUGUUUGUUAAUGCAAUUAUGUCCAAAAAAUGCAUUGUCAACAAAAUGUAUUCAAAUGAUGAAAUCCAUUUUACAGGAUGAAUAUCCAACAAUAACAAAAACAUCUUUUUUUCUAAUGCUUAAUGCUUUACGGUGUGGUAACUAUAUAGAAGCAGAAAGUUACGGAAAAAGAUAUUUUAACGAGGCAUCACUUAUAAUCAAAGAUCGUUCCAAUUUGGUGACAAGUUUUUAUAUUCCAGAAAAAAAACCAUUAAUAUAUGGCCCUUUGAUUUGUUCAAGAAUUUAUAAGUUACAGAAAGCUAAAAGAAAUUGUCAGGCAUUGAUUGAGGAAGCAACAACACAUAGUCAUGCCUCUAGAGAUUUGAUUGGUGUAAGAGCAUGUACUUUAGAAAAAAUUUUAAGUGAAAAUAUGGUAAACAAUGAUCUUAUUGCUGAAGCUGAGUUAUUGAUGAUAAAAUAUUGUAUGGAUAAGUAUGGUGAUACAAUUGGUGAAACAUUUUAUAUUGAUAGUAUUGGGAAUGAUGAUAAUAUUGAUGAGGAUGCAGCAUUAAAUCAUACUAUUCAAGAGUUAGAAGAAGUAUAUCCUGUUCUUCAUUGUAAAGAAUUUAAUUUUAUCAUAAAUGAUCAUGAUAAAAAAAAAUUAGAACAUUGUUUUGAGUAUGAUGCAGAUCCUGAUGAUGCUGAAGCUUUCUUUCAUCAAAUGGCUAAACAUUUUUUAUAUAUUAAAACAAUUGAAUGGUCAAAAGCUGGAAAAAAUAAACAUUUAUGUGCUAAAUUAUUUGAAAUAAUUCUUGAAAGCGAUUUUGGUUCAGAUCGUUUUAUUCAAACAAAAUUAAUUAAGGACGCAGCACUUGUAGCAUUAAGUACAAUGUCCCUUGAAAAAGGAUAUUACAAAGAGGCAUUAUUUAAAGCCGGAAUAGCAUUAAAUAGUAUAACUGAACCAUUACGUAAUAUUCCUUCUUUGGCAACCGAAAUUCAUGCUCAAGCUGUUGCUAAUGCAGCUGUCUCAUUUGCCUACUCUGGUAAUUAUGAAGGAGCACUCAAAGUUUUAGAAAAAUAUGAUAAAUAUUUUCCAAAAGACUCAAUUGGAGAGUCUUAUACACAAUUACGCUUAACUAAACUACUAGUACAAUUUGAUUACAAUUUUUUUAAAGGAGAAUGGGAAACAUUAAGAGUUUUGUUGGAAGAAAUAAAUUUAUAUAAUUAUUUUGAAUAUGACAUGAGAGUUGGAAUACUUGAUUGUUGCACAAAUGAUGUAAGUCAAGCAAUUUCAAGAUUAAAUAAUUUAAUUGGAAAUUUUUCUAAUCAAAAUGCCACUAGUCUUCAAUAUAUACGGUGUCUCAUGGUCCAAGGUCAAAUGUAUUUACAUAUAAAAAAUUGGGAAAUGGCAUUUGAUAGUUUUAAAAAAGCUUUGAAGUUAGCUCAAGAAAAUGGACUUAGAAAUUUAUGUACAAUGUUGAUAAGAAGAAUGGCAACAUCAAUGUUAAAAGUUGGACGUAUUCAACAGGCUGGUGCUUUACUGAUGAGCCAUCGUAGUCAGAUGGAAUCAGAAUUACCGGUAAUAGAGCAAGCAUUAUACCAUUUGACAAUGUAUAUGCAUGCUGAAUGUGUAGGCACACCGGAAGCAGAAAGAUACUUAACAGACGCUGUUAGAGUUCUAAAACCAUUUAAAUUACCACUACUUCAAAAAUGUAUAUAUAGAUAUCUAAUAAAUUACAAAAAAUGUCAUAAAAGAGCUUCUGCAGAUGAGAUAGAAUCAUUGGAAGAUGUGUUAAAAAACUUUAAUUUACCAAAAGAACGUGAUCUACCUCAUUUACUAUUAUAA